AUGCCCAAAGUAGCCAUUGUAAUUCAUUCACUAGAAAUAUUUUUGAGAAUAAUUCUUCAUCAAUAUCCAACUGAGCCUAAAUUUGAAGUUGUGUCAAUCCAAGUAUGGGGUCUUUUGGAAUGCAUUAAAUGGUCAUUUGCCAAAAGAUGUUUUUGGGAAUUAUUUAAUAAUGUUGUUUUACUAAAUAUAAAGGAAGAAAAGCGGUGCGGUAUUAGCGGUAAAGAUAAAAAAGCUAAGUUACAUAGUAAACGCACUGAAGUGGGUGUUAAAAAUGUUGGCUGUAAUAUGUUAGAAAGUAAUUGGAAUAAAUGGAAUGAUUUGGCAUUCCAUCGUGGCAGUCAUUGGGCAAAUUUUUAGGUAGAUCAUGACAGUCACCUUUGAAUUUGAGGUCGCAUCAUGGUUUUUAACAAUGAUGUGAUCGUUUAGGUGACAGGUCGACUUGUUCUUUAUGAAAAGUAGUCUUGUUUCAUAAUGCUUAAUUCUUAUAUGUAUUUGUUUAUCUUAUAU